ACACUGCUCUGGUGCAAAAGGCAGCAGAACUGUGCCAGCAGAGCAUCCUACACACUGACAGCCUCCCCACAACCUGAGUCACACCUGCUGGGUGGCACAGGCCCCAGCUUUGAUGCAUUUCCACAGACAGAGCACAGCUGUGAGCGCCGGGCACCAUGGCAGUGUGACACAGGCACUGUGGUCAGCGUUUGGCUUCUCACGUUUACAGAGCUCAGCAGCACAAGCCUUGGUGUGAACAAAUGACCUGCUAUUUCUGCGCUGUACUCCCAACGCUGUUACUUGCAGGCUCUUUUUGGUUUCUUUCUUCCUGUAAAUGACUCAGACUGGCUUUUGGGGAAGGGGGAAACCAAGCACCGAGCCACUCUCACAGCUUUAACCUUACUUAACCCUCCCAGCAGCAAGAGGAAGUACAAAACAUUUUCACGAGCUGCGAACGGGCUCAGAUCUGCUUUUGACAUCUUGAGGAAGUACUGACUUGUGCGAAGCCAAAAAAAAAAAAAAAAAAAAAAGAGUAUUUGCUGAACUCAAGCAUUCACACACCGAAAGAGAGCCCACAAAGGGGAAGGAGACGGACGGCCUGGGAACCGAGAGAAGCUAGGUAGAUAUGGGUCAAAGCCGCCUCAGCGACAACAUAGGUGACACGGAGGUGAGCGCCUGAGGCAAGGCGGGACGCCGGGCCCUGCGCGUGGAGCGCUGCGAGGAACGGCUGCGCAGAGAUUGCCAUCUCUCUCUAAGUAUCAGGAAGGCUCUGGAUCAUCUUCAGCAAGAGAAGGGGAGUUCCCUGACUUGACCAGCUACUAAUUGGUAUAAAGACAGGCGUUGAAUGUUUUGCAUCAACACUUUGGAUUUUCGAAUGUGAAUUGGAACUACUUUAUUUCCAGGAACCAAAUGGGAAAUCUUUUAAAAGUUCUCACUUGCACAGAGCUUGAUCAGGGGCCAAAUUUUUUCCUUGACUUUGAAAAUGCCCAGCCCACGGAUGGAGAAAGAGAAGUAUGGAAUCAGAUCAGUGCAGUUUUACAGGACUCAGAAAGUAUGCUUGCAGAUCUUCAGGCUUACAAAGGAGCUGGACAAGAAAUUAGAGAUGCAAUACAAAACCCCAAUGAUAUCCAGUUACAAGAAAAAGCAUGGAAUUCAGUGUGUCCUCUGGUUGUGAGGCUGAAGCGCUUUUAUGAGUUUUCGCUGAGAUUAGAAAAGGCCCUGCAGAGCUUACUGGAAUCUUUGACAUGUCCACCUUAUACUCCAACUCAACACCUGGAACGGGAACAGGCUCUGGCUAAAGAGUUUGCAGAAAUCUUACAUUUUACUCUUCGUUUUGAUGAACUUAAGAUGAGAAACCCAGCAAUUCAGAAUGACUUCAGUUAUUAUAGGCGGACAAUAAGUCGCAACAGGAUAAACAACAUGCAUCUAGAUAUCGAGAAUGAAGUCAACAAUGAAAUGGCCAAUAGGAUGUCCCUGUUCUAUGCAGAAGCGACACCAAUGCUGAAAACACUCAGUAAUGCAACUACACAUUUUGUAUCAGAAAAUAAAACGUUGCCAAUUGAAAAUACAACAGACUGCUUAAGUACUAUGGCUAGUGUAUGUAAAGUCAUGUUGGAAACACCAGAGUACAGGAGUAGAUUCACCAGUGAAGAGACUCUUAUGUUCUGCAUGAGAGUAAUGGUGGGAGUUAUCAUACUGUAUGAUCAUGUUCAUCCUGUGGGAGCUUUCUCAAAGACAUCAAAGAUUGAUAUGAAGGGAUGCAUAAAAGUUUUAAAGGAACAACCACCUGACACUGUGGAAGGACUUCUGAAUGCUCUCAGGUUCACUACAAAACACCUGAAUGAUGAAUCUACUUCCAAACAAAUCCGAGCUAUGCUGCAGUAGUGUCCUGAGACGACUUAGAUGUUUGUAUUGACCACAGAAGAUGUGUAUGUUUACAUAAUUUAAUACAGUUUGAUGUUAAUACUUGUGUGUAUUUACAUAACCAUUUUCUUCACAUUGCUAAAAUAUAUGAACUUGUAGUCAUUACCCAACUGACUAUGAUGCAGCCUAAGUUUAUAUGCUAGCCUUUAUCUUUUGACCUUUAAAAUACUUUUUUACUUAGAUACUUUAGCUGAAACAGUUUAUCUGUGCAUUUUAAUUCUUAAAUGCCUUCUCUGGAAGAUAAAAUGGAAAUCAGAUAAACUGAAAUGUCAAAGUUGCCAUAGGAGAUGAACUUUAAAGGAGGAGAAACUUAAUAAAAGAGAAAGUAAAAUUGUAGAUAUAGGAGAAUACCUGAAUGUUCAUCAGCUUCAUUAAAUAUGUUGUUUUUCCUGUAAUUAGUGGAGAUCUAUCUAAUUUUAAGGGUUAUGUGCUGGCCAACAUCCAAAAAUGUAUUGCAAAAGAGGUCAUUUUGCCUCUUUUAAUAUGUAUAACCUGCUCUUUUCCACGACUGGGAAAAUUAAUAUGAUUUCAGAUACUAUAUAAAUAAAUAUAAAGUGUAUUUCAAGACCAUUGCUAGAUUUUGAAAAUUCUGAUUAAUUUUAUUAGAUUUAGAAAGGUAAGGGAAAAUGCUAAUGUCUUUAAAAGAAAGGGUUUUGCAGUGUAAAUACAUCAUGGCAAACAUUAUCUGUUAGAGACAGCUCUGCCUGGUAAAUAUUUUUUUUUAUUAUUAUUAUUUUUCCUAAUACAAAAUUGAAUAAAGCAAAACACUCUUUUGUAGCAGUAGACUUCCCUAGUUUCAAAUUGGCCUGAUUAGAUAGGGAUGAUAUAAAGAAUUUUCAAGACCUGAGCUGUUCCUAGGCGCUCUAUCAAUUUCCUGAUAGUAAUAUUCAUCAGCUGAUUCAGAAUCAGCACGGAUAUGUUUCAGCUCACUGCUUUUCACUGUUUUUCUAGAUGUGAUUGAAGCUUCAAGGAGUUGAUUUCCUUACUCAGUUGGUUGUUCUUACUUUCUAGUAAUUUUCUCCAGUAAAUGGAAUAGAAAUAUUUUGCCAAAAGCAGCAAAGUGCUUGUUCUCUAUUAAAUGUCUUCUCUGAGUGAUAUGCAAUUGCUGUACAUAUUCUUGCAGAGGUCACAUUCUGAAAAUAUGUUCAAUUGUGUACUUCGCAUAUAUGCAUGAAAACUCCAGUGCUUGUGCACAGGUUCAGAUUUGUUUAUUCUUGUGUACAUAAUCAGAGGUUGUGUGCUGUCACUGGAAUUUUCAUGCUUUUCACUUCUGAAAAUAUUAACCAUAAGAGUUUGAAGAUGCAUUUGGUCUGCUAAAACUCAGCUGCACUGUUACAAAUUUAGUCAAUGAACUCUGCCUUUAAAAAGUACUACUUUCAUAAGUUCUUUAGAAUUGCCUUAGAGUUUAUUUGUGAGCAGAAUUAUAAGGUCUCUCAGAUGUCAUGAGAACCCACAGAUGUUAGCGUUAUAUAUGUAACGAUGCAGGAAAGCACUGCAACUGUAGAGUUCAUUUCAUAGAUCUGCAGUUUUAGCAGAUCACUAUCAUCAGGAACAGAAUUAGAAAUUGCUAAUUGUUUUUCAGAAGCAGUGAUCGUACUACUAUUUUAUAGUAGUAAAGUCACUGUUUACAAACUCCAUUUUUUAAUGGGGAAGCAUUUACAAAUAUAUAUUAGGGGAAGAAAUUCUGUUUUGUUCAUAGUCACUUUCAGUUAGGUAAGUCAACAUGAAUUACAGAUCAUUCUAUUGACUUUUGGUAUCUAACAUUAAUACAUGCUUACCUGCAAUCACUUGUCAAACAAUGAAAUCUUUGUGUCGCCCAGAGGAAAGUUACUCAUCACUUAUGUAAUAAAAAUGUAAACUUUAAAGCAUUCUGCAAGUUGUUAUGUGCUGUUUGCUGAAAAAAAAAACCACCUGAAUUUCUUUGCCUGCUGUGAUGUUUUUGUACAGAAGUUUGUUGGAAAUAAUAAAAAGUUUGGUACAGU